ACUACUUCAGCAACCCGGAUGAACGCAGCUCCCGUUUCAGAAACGAGUCUGUCAAAGCGUCUCACUUUUGAUUAAUGUUUUGAAACCCCAAAAAGUUGUUUCUGCUCGAGUUUAAACGUAAAAGCAGCUCUCUUACCGAGUUGUACCGCGGAAUGUGUUUUAUCGGAGCUCCGUCUCGCAGUUCCUCAUCUUUACAGGCGGGACGCGCGCGCGACACACCCCGUGCGUUGCCGUCCGCUCUGCAGAGGGAAGACGAUUUAAAACUGUUAUCUGAUGCUAAACUACCACAGUUAUCAACUUUAGUCACGUUUUGUGUCACAGUACGGAUGUUGGAUUACCUCCAGGGUGUGUACGAGGAAUAUCGAUGCUUGUUUGAGAUGUUUUACAGUACAGUAUGGAGGAGUAGCCUGUUCUGUCAGCGAGUGGAACUUGACCAUGGACAGCAGCUGCUGAAGUCUGAAAGAUGAGAUCAGGCAGAUAUUUCUGAGUUUGGAAAGGGGGAUACGCACACUUCAUGUGUGGGACACGGACCUACAGCACAUAAAUAUGCUCUGUGGUGACGCAGUCCAGGAGCUGCUAUGGAUGUAAAUCCAAGCAUCAGCACCUUUGACCCAACACAUCAGGACAGUGUCCAAACACACACAAGUAAGACUUGCCCUCUCAGUGCUAACAAUACACAGACCAAUAAACUUGCUCUACGAGAAUUUCCCUCAAUCUCAUAACAACAAAACACAUUUAUUUUUGCUAUUGAUCUGACUUUUUCCUCUUGGAGUAAAUGAAAGCAUGCCUGUGGCGAAGUUAUGGGAUGUUUUAACCUGACCACCGGUGCUGCUGUUCCAUGUUAACACGUCCCACCUCUGAACCCACGGUGGUCCCUUUCCCGUUUCUCCGGACCUUCGGAAAUCCCCUCUCUGUCACGCGCCUGUCAUGCGGGUACGCGCGGGACUCCUCUACCUGCUGGUGCACGUGCUGGCGAGAGCCCGAGGCCAGUACGACCUGUGCAAGUCCCUCGUGAGCACGGACGAAGGCGCCGUGUGGGAGCAUUACGCGUGCCAACCCAAAGCCCAGUUCAUGAAGGAGUACAUGCGCAUCCUCGUCGAGCCGCCGGGCAUCACCUGUGGGAACCCGCCGGAGAGAUUCUGCACUCUGGAGAAUCCAUACCUCUGCAGUGAUGAAUGUGAUGCGUCUAACCCUGACCUGGCUCACCCGCCGCAGCUGAUGCAGGAUCGAGAGCGCAGCGGCCUGAUCACCUACUGGCAGACGGUCACGUGGCGGCGGUAUCCCCAGCCUCUUCAGGCCAACAUCACCCUGUCCUGGAACAAGACCCUCGAACUCACGGACGACAUUCAAAUCACCUUCGAGUAUGGCCGACCCACCAUCAUGGUGCUAGAGAAGUCGCUGAAUUUCGGCCGCACGUGGCAGCCCUACCAGUACUACGCCGAUGACUGCAUGGACACGUUCAACAUGCCGCCGAGACGCGUGCGCGACCUGAACGCAGCCAACGCCACGCGUGUCAUCUGCACGGAGCAGUACUCCCGCUGGGUCGGCUCGAAGAACGAGAAGGUGGUGCGGUUUGAGGUGCGCUCGCGCUUCGCCAUCUUCGCCGGCCCGAGGCUGCUGAACAUGGAGGGCUUGUACACGCGGAUGGAGAGCAUGAAGGGUUUACGAGAUUUCUUCACGUUCACCAAUCUCAGGCUCCGUCUCCUUAAGCCCGCUCUCGGAGGAACGUACGUCCAGAGAGACAACCUGCUCAAAUACUUCUACGCCAUUUCUAACGUGGAGGUGCUAGCCAGGUGCAAGUGUAAUCUCCACGCAUCUCAGUGUGUGUAUGUGGACGGCAACUUACAGUGUCAAUGUGAACACAACACGACCGGACAGGACUGCCAGCGCUGCAAAAAAGGAUACAAAGCCAAGACCUGGAAAUCAGGAUCUUAUUUACCAACACCGAACGGAUCCCCCAACACGUGUUCUCAGGCUCUGGCUGGCUCUUCUUCUGGUUCCAAUUGUGAAUGUAACGGACACUCGAAUCGCUGCAGUUACAUCGACUUCCUGAACAUAGUCACGUGCGUGAGCUGCAAACACAACACGCGUGGUCAGAACUGCGAGCACUGCCGCAUGGGCUUCUACAAAAACACCUCUGCGGAGCCCGACGACGAGAAUGUGUGUAUCGAGUGUAACUGUAAUACGAUGGGUUCACUGCAUGACCGCUGUAACGGUACCGGCUUCUGUCAGUGUAAAGAGGGCACAACCGGAGUCAAAUGUGAUGAAUGUCUCCCCGGUUACUAUUGGAAACAAGGCUGUUUCCCAAACGUGUGUGACGAGGAGUUACUCUUGUGCCAGAACGGGGGGACGUGCGUUCAGAAUCAGCGCUGUAGCUGUCCGCCUGACUUUAAGGGUGUUUUGUGCCAACAGUCACGCUGCGAAGGAGGCAAAAAGUGCAACCAUGCCAGCGCGCUCACUCUGAGCCUGGCACUUCUGCUCUGCCCGCUCCUCGCCACCCUGCUGAGCUCCGCUGCCUCCUGAGAUUCUCCUGCUUCACCAGCAGCGGGCACCGAGAGGGCCAGAUGCUCACCAUCGCCCUCUACAGGGUGCAGAACGUCGAGAACAAGAAGCAAAAAGACUCUGUUAGAGCUGGAAAUCAAUGGAAAUAAAAAUGUGCGCCUCACGAAUACGCGGAGGAGGAAUAAUACCAAAAACACACAAACACACACACAUACAAAAUCAACAUGAAGUGAGUUUCUUGUGCAAUAUCUGCGAAAUUCAAUACUGACCCCACUUCCUUCACUCUGAUUGGCUCAAUGUAGGGGCGUGUCCUCACAGCGAUCGGAGACUGUAGGUUGUUUUCACAGAAAGACAGGAAAGGCCCAGCUUCACGUUUUUUUUACACUCCCUCGCUGCAGUUUUUAAUAUUCAGAUGUAUGUAAUGAGCGCUCACUGUUAUUCGCUAAAAGCAAAGAGUAUGAAUAUUAUUGUGAUAUUUGUUAUAUCAUGACUAUUAAGAUUUUAGGCACUGUACCGCUGGUUGUUAUAGGAAUGUUUGUCGCCACAGUUAGAGAUCAUUGAUAUUUACGAAGUAUUCAGGACACAAACACGCUAUCCAACUUGUAAGAGAAGAUAUCUAAUCAAAUGGAAUUAUUAUAAACCCACACUAUUUGACUAUUUUUGGUAGAGAAUAUUUUUGUUUUGGAUCUAGCCUACGGAAGAGGCAAAAAGGAUUUAUUACACUGUAAACUUUACAGCACACAAGAUAUUAUAGUACAAGAAGAAUCUAUAACGUAGAGUUUACACUGUACACAUUACAGUCAGGUAUUACCGAGGAUGAAUUUACGCACUAAAUGUACCAAGCAGAAUUUAUUCAAUGGCAAACUCUACUGAAAUGUAUGGGAUAGGCUUUAUUUACAAAACUAAAAGAACUGAAUGAAAUUUUAUGACACUGUAAACAUUACAGUAAAUGUGACUGUUACUUGGC